AUGGUCCUCAACAAAGUGUACGCAGCCGCCGCAGACGACGAGGAUGGCGUGACGCUGGCAUCCACAGAAGACGGCACUCAGCCUAGCUCUCGACCUCCAUUACUCAAGAAAUUAUCAGUAAAAUCCGCCUCCAGGAAGCCCAAGGAGCCAUUCCACCGCCGAUUACAGCGCAAUCUACUCAAAGAGUACAACAAACUCUCAUGGAGUACACGGCAGACGAUCAGCGUGGCCAUCAGCCUGUUUGCGGUGCUGUACGCGUUCGUGUCGGUCCCGUUCCGGAUCGGAUUCCUGUAUAACCCGUUCGACGCAACAAAUGAAGAGCGACGGCAAUGGACGUGGGAGCUCGCGGUGUUCACGCCCAUGGACGUGGUCACCGACCUGAUCGGAGUCUUGGAGUUCGUGAAUUUCUACCGGUUAUGGAGGAACGCGCUCACGCACAAAGAGAAGGAAACCAACUUCGAUAAAGACGCCAAGCUCAUGCGCGGGAUCUCCAAGCGACUACGGAACACGAACGUCUUGCUGCGUGCUAGAUCGUCCGUGGGGCUGCGACAGGGGAAGGCCAAGUGGACGCUGUCAAAUAUCGGGCGAACCACGACGCUCUACGACAGCACGUCGGACGAUCUAAUGCUGGAGAAGCAGUCCCGCGCUGCGAGGAAAUGGGAGUUCGCUCUGGAAAUCAUCGCGCUUAUACCGGUCGAGCUGAUCCCGCUAGCGCUCGGACUGUACGACUUGCUCCACGUCGCGCGCCUUAACAAGCUCUGUCGGUUCUACAAAGUGCGCCGCUGUUUCGCACGACUGAGCAAAAUUUACUCGGAUCGUCCGUGGGUGCAGCACCUCUCGUCUACGGGUAUCCGAAGUCUCGUCCGCACUAUCGGGUACUGCGCUGGGGCGUGUCAUUGGGUGGCUUGCGGCUAUAUGUUCAUCGCACACGCUCAAUGCGGAGUCUCUCUUCAUCACUGUGACCCCGAGAUCGAGACGAGCUGGGUAGUACGCGAUCGACUGCAUGGAGCUACAGUUAGUCGGAAAUACGGACGCACGCUCUACUGGGCGUCGAGAACGAUGGUUCUACUUGGGUACGACGACGUGACCCCCGUCUCGAAUGGAGAGACGAUCUACGGCAUUUUUGUUCAACUGGUUGGCGCGCUCUUCAGCUCGUCCAUGCUGGCCACGUUCCUAUUUAUUUUCCGCUUUCGCAACGCCCGGUACGCGGCGUACUCGGCCCACGUGGACAACGCGCGCGAGUACAUGCACUCGAAUAACAUCCCGCGCGUGAUUCGACACAAGGUGAUGGCGUAUUUCGCCUACACUUGGGACACCCACCACGGUCUCGACAGCGAGGAGGCUCUGCAUCUCAUGCCCAAGCAUCUCCAGUCGAAAGUUGUGGCCACACUAAAGGCGAGUCGCAUCCGACAAGUGAGUUUCUUGGCCAAGGAGAGCGUCGAGUUCAUCAACUUACUCGCUCUCGCACUCGAGAGACGCAUCUACUCGCCCACCGACCGAAUCAUCGAGCCGCGGACGACCGCGCACAUGUUCUUCGUGAUCCGUGGCAACGUCAUGAUCACCCCAGUCAACGGGAACCCGAGGGAGUGCUUUAACGGCGAUUACUUUGCAGAGGUUUGCUUGCUGUUUCCAGAGCAAUAUAUGGAGAAGGCCGUCGCCAGGACGUUCUGCGAGCUCUACGUGCUGGCCAAGGCCAAGUUCGACGACGUGGUGACUCACUUUUACCGUGGCAAUGAGUCUGCAGUGCUGGCUCAAAUGACGGAGUCUUUCGACAGGUAUACGACCCAGCAACGCAAGACGCAGAAAGUUCUAGGCAACGAUGGCCGAGAUCGCAGCAGUCUGCGCAUGUCUUAUCGGCGCACGAGCGACGUGUACAUCCCGGGCAUGGGACCGAAAAAUAUCAACUGGAACUUCCCCGACUCGAACUUCCGCAUGAUUUGGGAUACGCUGCGGCUUCUGGGCGUCAUUUACGUCGCGUUCGAGGUCCCGUACUACGCCGUGUUCGUCUCGAUGGCCGAUGGGGAGAACAUGUUCGUGGAGACCUCGUUCAUCACGCUCCGAUACGUCUGCACGCUUCUGAUCGAGGUCUUCUUCGGAGUUGACAUCGUGCUACAAGCUCGGUUUCUGGCGUAUCUGGACCCUGUCGCCAUGCUGAACGUCGAGAACCCGUCGCUCAUUUUCGCUGCGUAUCGCGAGAAUGGCUUUUACUGGGAUUUACUGGCGUGGUUGCCUGUAGGGCUCAUACUGGAGUCUGUGCCGAGUGGCGCGGACUACGCGUGGUUCUUACGACUGCUGCGUCUGUCUCGAUUGCGCUUGUUCCCGUACUUGCUGCGAGAGCUGUUCGACGUGUACAGCUUGAGCUCCAAGAUCCACCUCUUCAUCUCGCUGUUGCUGAGUGUGACGCUGCUGUUGCAUGUUGUCGGGUGCGGGUGGUUCGAGACGGCGUGGAUUCCUCGUGACACGCAGUCUUUCAGUGACAAGAGCAUGGCUACAAUGCAUGAACUCACUCGACCCGAGUGUCUUCGCCAAGCCACGUUGUAUGGUAACUGUUCGUGGAUCAAGUUCGACUGCUACGGUAACGUCGGAGAGGUGUUCCCCGUUGAGGACAGUGCGUCCUCCUAUGAGGGAACCUUUGCCUAUGUCCGUGCAGUUUAUUGGUCGGUGAUCACUCUGACCGCGGUCGGAUAUGGAGACAUCGUGGCGUUCUCCACUGCGGAGAGCUACUUUGCCGCGAUAUGGAUAUUUAUCGGUGGAAUGAUCAAUUUCGGCGUGGUCGGCGCCAUGUCCAGUACUAUCGCCAACGCCAUGGCCGCACGGCACCACCACCUCGAGCUGCUGAACACGCUGAACAGCAUCAUGGGCCGACUGUCCAUCUCGGAGAAGCUCAGCGCCGAGAUCCGGCGGUUCUACAUCCACCACUUCACGGGCCGCAAAGUGGCCUACGAGUCGCAGCUUCUGUCCCAUCUUCCCGACCAACUGUGCUACCAGAUCUCGUCGCUGCUGCACGCUGAGGCCGUGAAGAGCGUGAGGCUCUUUGACUCCGCUAGCAGGAAGUUUCUUCAACAAAUUACGGGCAAGUUCCGACAUCGCACGUACGAGAAUGGGGAAACUAUUUUCCUCGAAGGCGACGUGUGUCGAGAGUUUAUUGUUUUACUACGCGGGAGUAAAGUGAAUGUCUUCUUCCGCACGCGUAAAGUACCUGCGCGCGCUCUUCAGGAAGGAGAUUGCUAUGGAAUCCACGAAUUUUUACUUCGCCGCGCGCAUGCCGCUACGUUGACAGCGGCUUCAACAGUGCACGCGUCCGUCAUGACUCGCGUGGAAUUUGACGUUAUUCAACGCAAAUUCGACGAGGACGUGCGGAAUUUGAAGUUAGAGGCGCAGAUGCUGUGGGACGAGCAGCAGACCUGCCUUCGACGCGUUGUCCGGAACCUCGAGAGGCUCAAGCUGAAGCCGCAUGUGCUCCAGACCCCCAGUCUCUUCUACCAACCGGACACUGUCGUUGAAAGCGCCACCACUAGCAGUAGCAGCACUCGUAAAACCAGCAGUACAGCAAUUCGAGACUCGUACGCGACCCGCACGACGUUCAUCCAUGCGUGGAACGCCGGGGUCACUUUCUGGAACGUGUACAACGCCUUCUUCGUGAUUUUCCGGGUCGGCUUCCACUCGCAUCUGCACUUUUCGAGUGAAUUGAACCUGGUUGUGUGGUUCAUGGACUUGUGUGGAGAUAUUUACUUCGCGAUGGACAUUUAUCUUCACUUAUAUUUCUUCGGCUGCACGGACGUCUCGGUGAACAACCUCCUGCAUCGCAAAUGGGUCGACCGCGUCUACCGUCGCAGUACGGCGUUCAAAUGGGACCUCGUGGCUUCGUUGCCGCUUUACGUCCCGUUCUCCAGUGAUUCACUUAUCGUCAGCGUUUGCCGACUGCCGCGUCUAAUUCGCUGUCUCGAUCUAUGGGUUUACUUGGACGAGGUCAUCGUGCAGGUACAGCAGCACUUUGCAUCUCGCAAUGUAUCGGCGUAUCUGGGUCCAGUCAAGUUGAUGAUCGUCCUCGUCCUGGUCGCGCACUUCGUGGGGUGCAUCUUCCUGUGGAUCUCCGAGCACGAGUGCGAGUACUACGAGAACUGCUGGAUGGCGCACGACCACCUGCUGCACGAGUAUCACCACGCGCUGCCUGUGCUAUAUUCUAAGACUUUCUACUGGGCUAUCACGACUUUAUUACUUGUGGGCUCGCGUGAGAUGGUGCCUCGAGACAUUCUCGGUACAAUCUGGACGCUGAUCACGUGUCUGGGCUGCACGUUCGCCAUGGGGUACAUCGUCGGCGAGAUCUCGGAGCUGAUCCUGGAUUUGGGCAAAGAAACCAAGAAAUACAAGAACCGUAUCGCAAAUUUUGAGAGUUUCGCGCAGGCGAACGAACUCCCUGAAAGUUUGAGGGAGCGCAUCGGGUUCUUCUUCCGCGUGCAGUUCGAGAGCACGCACGGCCACGAUUUGGACCACACGGUGCACAAAUUGUCGGCGAACUUGCGACUGAGGUUGAUGCUCGAGAUCUACGGCGGAUCCCUCGCUCGACUCCCGAUUACCCACUUCCUGUCGUCUGCGCAGAUCAACAACAUGGCGUUGCGGCUGCAGUCCGAACUCUACAUCCCGGGGGAUAACAUUCUAGUUGAGGGAACGUUGGGCAACCACUUGUGUACGCUUCGGAAGGGGUUGGCUGCCGCGUUCUGGACGAAAUCCGUCUCCAGCGUUGCAGUGAUAAUGGAGGGCGCUCUGUUCGGAGAAGCAGCGUUCUUCCUCCCAGAUCAACGCCGACUCGUGACUGUGCGCGCCACCACAACAUGUGAGGUUUUGUACAUCUCCCGCCACGACUGGGAAGAGCUCUGGGCCCCGACCGGAGACCAAUCCGACUACAAGGUGCAGAAGUACGAGCUGCACUCGAUCCUGGACUGGGUCAGCAACCGCCUCCAUCGAUACCAGCAACGCUGCAUCCACGUGGCUCGGAAGGCGAAGCAUGAACUGGCAGUGCCCACGCUCGCGCGAAUGCGACGCUGUAAAUCGCUACCGAGUUUCGGCAAUAAAUUCUUCGAGAGCGUCCGGGAGGAGGAGGCGAAUCGGCUCAUGGUGGAAGAUGUGUGGACUGUGGGCGCGGACAUUGACUUUGAGACCAUCAAGCGAUGCCAGCGUCCGCAGUACGAGUCUCAGUUGCGCUUGUACCACCAGUACCGCAUGUGGAAGGGUCUGGAUAUGGUGGAGAAGCCCGCAGCGCAGACCUCGAUCGAUGCGCAGUUGAUCUUCCAGCGCUCGCUCCGGGCUGAGGCGACAGACAGGAAGACCAAGGAGUUCAUCAAGUUGGUCAAACGCAUGGGCAAGGUUUGGGACGCGAUCAUGCUCCUGGUGGCGGUUUACCACGUCAUGAUCACGCCGUUCAAACUGUGCUUCCCUCACGAACUGACGGAGCUGGACGCUGGGACUCUGCGCGCUUGGGCGGGCUUUGAGAUCUUCCUGGACAUGUUGUGUCUGUUUGACGUCGCUCACAAGGUGAACGAGGCUUCGUUUGCGAGUCAUAGCUCGGGAACAAAGGUGACCAAGUCGAAGCGGCUGAGACUUCGUCACGUACUCGAGACAAACGCGAGUCUGGUGGUGGAUAUCGUCGCUGUCUUGCCUCUCGAGUUACUGCUGCUGGCGGGGAGCGUCCGCGUAUCUCUUGAGCACGAGGUGGCAGGCGAAGUGGACUCGAACUGGUGGACGACCCGCUGGAUCUUGAGGAUGAACCGAAUGCUCUUCGCGUGGCGCAUCGAGUCGCUCUCGGAGGGGAUUCUACAGUACCUUAUCUACGACUGCGACGUGGACGUCAGCGAGGCGUUUAUCUCCUUCUUACGAGCACUAGCGUCGUACCUCACUAUGGCGCACUUCUUGGCCUGCCUUUGGUUCGCUACCAGCUACUACGGACUGCAUCAGUACGGGACUUCGUGGCUCUCCACCUCCGGUAUGCUCACGUACAUUGCGCCGCUCGUCCCGCUUGGACGGAAGUACCUGCGCUCUCUCCACUUCUCAAUGGAGUGCAUCACAACGCUCUUCUACGGCGACAUUCUCUCGAUGAACCGGCUGGAGCUGAUGGUGGAGAUCGCCAUUACGUUGUGGGCCAUCUACAUCUACGGUGCCCUCGUAGGAGCUCAGGGAGAGCUGUUAGACUCGAGCGCCAGACGUGAAGCUAGCUUUGAGCAGAAUCUGGCGGAGCUUCAGCUGUAUUUGGUGCAGAACGACGUGCCCAAGAUCCUCAAGCGCCACAUCAAGGCGUACUACGCGCAUAUCUGGCACCGCUCGCACGGCGACAAGGACUUUGCUAUUAUUGAAGGCACCUCCCGAUCUCUUCACGAGGACGUUGUAGUUGCCACGUUGCAAGACUUCGCAGUUCGAGUCGAGGUCUUCCGAGCUCUGGACGAGCCCUUCCUUCGAGCACUGCUGGUGUGUCUGCAGUAUGUUGUUUGCUCCCAAGGAGAGGACGUCGUGGUCGCUGGAGAUGUGGAUCGCAGUAUGUACUUCAUUGCAACCGGUAGAAUCCGCGUGCAGAUUGGGGACACGGACACCCCGCGUGGCCGAGGACAAUUCUUCGGGGAGCUGUCACUGCUCUACGGUGUCUCGAGACUAGAGACCUCUGUGGCCAUGACUGUGGCCGAGCUCUAUCGUCUCGACCAUGAGCCGUACGAGCGCGUACUCGUGGACUUCCCCGAGUACCGUGUCCGGAACAAACUGGCGUGGAGUACAUCCGCAUCGACUUCAUUCGACCGCCAAGUGCUGGAGAAGUCGGUGCAAGCCAUGAAGAAGCAGGGACCGAACACCAUCAUCCCCAUCAAUAUGCGCGCGAUCGCAGCCGAAGAAGAGGCCAACCGCGUGGAGGCGGAAGUACCAAGGUCCUACGUGUUCCUCUCGACCAUGGAGAUGCUCGCGCGUCUGCAUGAGGUGGACCCGCUUGAGGCCAAAGACCUCAUCAUCAAGUGCCGAACUGGAGCCCGAAGACACGUCAAGAAGCUCCAGCACAGGGUGACACUGAACACGAUCGAAGCUGCCGUCAAGAUGCUCACGGACAAACCCAAAGGCGACAAGCACGAAGACCUCGUCCAGCACAUCUCGCUACGACCUGUGAAGCACUUGCAGCCUUUGAAGGACGAACGGAGGCGGCGAUCCUUUGAGAAUCUGUUAGUGGAAAACUUGGAAGAGGACGCUCAGCCGCCUGGGCUGUUGACCUCCCACGAUUAG